GUAGUAUUUGUUUAAAUUAUCGAGGGAAAAUAAAUAUAACUCGAAACUAGGAAAGUUGAGAGCACAGAAGAGAUUGUCUAGUCUCUACACUACAAAUCUACAAUCCAUGGCGUCGAAGAUGAAGCUCCUCUCUCUCCUCCUCCUCCCACUCCUAAGCCUCUGCGCUUCAUCCCCCACCGAUCCACCAGCUCCGAAGCCCACGGUCUACGAAAUCCUUCCCAAAUUCGGCCUCCCCAGCGGCCUCCUUCCGGAUUCCGUCGUCAACUACACUCUCUCAGACGACGGUCAAUUCGAGGUCUAUUUGGAGAAUCCGUGCUACAUACAGUUCGAUUACCUGGUGUAUUACGAACAGAAGAUCACCGGGAAGCUCAGUAUCGGUUCGAUCACCAAUUUGAAGGGAAUUCAGGUGCAGAGAUUCUACUUCUUCUGGUUCGAUGUCGAUGAGAUCAAGGUUGACUUGCCGCCUUCCGGAAGCAUCUACUUCACCGUCGGGAUUAUCAACAAGGAGCUCCAGCUUGACCAGUUCUUGACUGUUCGCUCUUGCUCAGAUAAGGCCGUGACUUCGACGCCGCUUGUUGAGAUGCCAACUUCAGUUGAUGACAUCCCAAUGCUUGUAACCGAAUAGCCAACUGAAAGUAAACUCCAUAUAUCUGAGGAUUCUGCGAUGCAGUCCUUUUCCACUAAGCUCAUGCAAUGUAACUAUGUAGUUUUAGAAUAAAUAGCUAAGCUCAAGCUGCUCUCUUUAUACGAGGAAGCAAGGAGGUUGUGUUGUAUGGACUAUAUCAAACUUAUAUCUGAAUCUGAGUAUCAGAUUGAGAACCUUGUACUGUUUUAUGACUGAAGGAAAUCUGGAAUAAUAUCGUCCUACAUUUGACUUGGUAUGCAUA